AUGGAGCCAGAAAAACCUCCUGAACCCUCUCAAGACUCCGCUAGUUUACUCAAACGAUUGGCUGGUCCCUCCUCUACCAAAGCUGGCCUCGCUCAUGAUCAGACUGCAGUCAAUCGCAUCAUUGCCGAGGCUUCCAAGGGCUCCAAGUUCUACGAGAAUGAGAAACGCAAAGAUAAGGAAUUAUCGGAACGUAUUGCCAAAAUCCUGAAGCAACGUGACGAAGCCCUACAGGGCGUCGAUAUACGUCCAAUUGAGAGAAACAUUGAUCACCUCCUCGAAGAACUCGAGUCACAGCGCGAUUUAAGUCAAACUGUGGUACAUGUUGACAUGGACGCAUUCUACUGCAGCGUUGAGCUACUUGAUGACCCAUCGCUGCAGGGGAAGCCAGUUGGAGGCGGGGUGGUCUCCACUGCUUCCUACGAGGCGCGUAAAUUCGGUGUGCGCUCCGGGAUGGCGACAUUCGUCGCCAAGAAGCUCUGCCCUGACCUCAUUCUCCUGAGAUCUAAUUUCGAACGUUAUUCAGAAAUGUCUGAUAAAAUCAUGGUCAUUUUUGAGAGAUACGAUCCUACUAUGCUCGCGGCCGGAUGCGAUGAAGGGUACUUGAACAUCACGAAAUAUUGCGAGGAACACAUGGUAGAUGCGGAUACCUGUGUACAAGAAAUUCGUGACACUGUCUUCAGGGAGACAUUAUUGACAGUGAGCGCUGGGAUUGCUCCGAACAAGCUUUCAUGCACUGAUCUCUCAAUCCGCAAGGUGCCAGGGGUAGGACGUGUCAACGAGCGACUUCUUGAGGCUCUAGGCAUUAAGCGACUACUGCAAUUAAUGGACAAGCAGUUUGGCCUGGUAUUCCUAUUGAGAACAUAUCUCGGCAUCGCAUCCAAUGUUGUACAACCCAUUCAACGAGAGGAGAAGAAAAGCAUUGGUGCAGAAAGAGGGGGCUGGACUGGGAAAACGGUGACACUUAAGUUUAAGUUGGACACAUUCCAAGUCUUUACGCGAGCAAAGUCAUUUGACCGUUGGGUCAGUUCGAAGAAGGAAGACCUUUUUACAAUCGGGAAGGAAUUAUUACUCCCUGAGUUGCCCCUCACACUCCGACUAAUUGGCUUGCGAGUCACCAAGUUGAAAGACCUGCAUGCACCAGAACCGGCAGGAGGCAUUAAGCGGUUCUUUGAACCCGCAAAUUCGUCGCCAAGAAAGAGACUGAGACUUGCUAGCAACGCGGAAGAUUGCAACGACGAGGAAGACGACGCUAGGGAAGAUCAUGAAUCGAUGCCGGGGUUCUAUGAAGAAGAAGAAAAUGCAGAAGGGCGAGGUUUCGAUGCUCCCGAUGAUGAGGAGCAGACUGAUAUCCUUCAUGAUUCAAACCCUCCACCCCAUGAACGACGAACACGACCACCGGUGUCAGCCCCGGGGCCCUCACGGACUAGGCCAAGUGAUUCAUCAUUCUCGGCAACCACGUCAAAGCCAAUGAGCGCCAGACAAGGGGAUCGUGUUCGGCAUCAGGACUGCCCUAUAUGCGGGAAGCUGUUGGAGACGGACAACAAAGGGCUGAAUGCACAUAUUGAUUUCUGUUUGAGCAGAAAUGUCAUCAUGGAAGCUCAGACUGAGGCACAAAGCACUGCGAAGAAACCGAAGGAUCUUGCGCUUUCUUGGCCAAGUAGUGCGAAGGGGAAACGGAAGCGGAAACAUUGA